UCCAACAUGGCGGAGGGAACUGGGUGUAAAUAAACACACGUUAGACGUUUUAAAAGCUAUAGCUAACAACACUCGCAUUUUUGUGUAUAUGACAUAUUGUACCGGGGAAGUAAAAUGUCAACUGACGGAAACAAGAAACAAUUCUGGAAAAGAAACACAGCUAAGGUCCCUGGCAGCAUACAACACGUGUAUGGUGCUCAACAUCCUCCUUUCGACCCUCUUCUGCAUGCUAAUCUAAUCAAAGCGGGCAACAAGCCCCAGACGACACCGGGAGGGAAGCCAAAGAAAGCCACCACCUUCCAGGAGUUUGAGAGCAUCACCAGCGAUGCCUGGGACGUGGGGGACGAUGACGACGAGCUGCUCGCCAUGGCCGCACAGAACCUCAACAUCGAGGUCGUCAUGGAAACCGCCAACAAGGUUAUCGAGAACCACAGCAAGCAGCAGGAGAAGCAGAGACAGGACGAUGCCGGCGCGUCAGAGCUGGAGGAGAGAGAGGAAGAGGACGCAAAUGAAGAAGAGGAAGAGCAGGGGGAGGAAGGGGAGGAAUCGACCCCUGAGGUGUCGUUUGCCUCUGAGCCCAGCCCGCUCAGCGAUGGCAGACUUGUGAAGUCACUGAGUGAGGCCCCCAUCGGAUCACCUAAGGAUGCGGCCGGAGAGAGAGCGUCGCUCCACAGACAGCAGUCCCUGCCCCACCGGCCCACCAUCCCCAUGGUGGCUCGUAUAGCUGACCAGAACACCUCCGGGACCCCAGCCAUGACGGAGAGAGAGGCCUCUCGCCUGGACAAGUUCAGACAGGUCCUGGCUGGACCCAACACUGACCUUGAUGAAUUACGAAAGUUGAGCUGGUCUGGAAUUCCGCGCCAGGUUCGUCCAAUCACGUGGAAGCUCCUUUCGGGUUACCUUCCUGCCAACACAGAGAGGAGAGAGAGCACGCUACAGAGGAAGAGACAGGAAUACUUUGGUUUCAUAGAACAGUACUACGACUCACGCAAUGACGAGCACCACCAAGACACAUACAGACAGAUUCACAUUGACAUACCGAGAACUAAUCCCCUUAUUCCUCUCUUUCAACAAGCUUCUGUCCAAGAGAUCUUUGAGCGUAUCCUGUUCAUCUGGGCGAUCCGCCACCCGGCCAGCGGCUACGUGCAGGGCAUCAACGACCUCGUCACGCCAUUCUUCGUCGUCUAUGUCUUUGAGUACAUCAAGGAGGAGGUGGAGAACUUUGACGUGUCCAGCUUGCAGGAGGAGACUUUGCGGAACAUCGAGGCUGACAGUUUCUGGUGCAUGAGCAAGCUGUUGGACGGCAUUCAGGACAACUACACAUUUGCCCAGCCGGGGAUUCAAAGGAAUGUCAAGGCUCUGGAGAAGUUGGUCAGCAGGAUCGAUGAAAUGGUGCACGUCCACAUGCAGCAGUAUGAAGUGGAGUAUCUCCAGUUUGCCUUCCGUUGGAUGAACAACCUGCUGAUGAGAGAGCUGCCGUUACGCUGCACUAUACGCCUCUGGGACACCUACCAGGCUGAACCAGAGGGAUUCUCUCACUUCCAUCUCUACGUGUGUGCUGCUUUCCUGGUACGAUGGAGGAAAGCGAUUCUGGAUGAGAGAGAUUUCCAGGGUCUGAUGAUUCUGCUGCAGAACCUACCCACCAUGCACUGGGGCAACGAGGAGGUCAGCGUGCUCCUGGCCGAGGCCUACAGGCUGAAGUUUGCCUUCGCUGAUGCCCCCAACCACUACAAGAGAUGAGUGUGGCCCAUGUGGCCCCUGACAGUUAGCUACUGAACCCCUGACAGAGGCCCCCUGGAGGACGGAUGGACCCCCCCCUCGACUUUCUUGUCCCUCGGCAGUCCACGACCAUUGCUACUAGUAGAUUAAAACAAAAACAACAUUUAGGUCCCAAAUGCCACCCUAUUCUCUACAAAGUGCAUUACUUUUGACCAGAGCCCCAAGUAGUGCACUAUGUAGCGAAUAGGGUGCCAUUUGGGAAGCAUCCAACCAGUGCUUCUUGGUAUGUGUGUACCGUUCCAACCGACUGUUCUUCUUAACUCCUCUUCUCUUUGUUCUUAACAAUGAAAUUACAUUUGUGCAACACUGCAACAACAUCAAUGCCUGUCCCAUUGAAGUAGACCCCAACCAACCAAGAAAGACCUCCAGUCAGUAUGAUAAUGGAGAUCUUGCUGCAGACCCAUGGAUGACUGUUCUAGACAGUCCUGUACUGUACUGUUUGUCCCUGACUGGCCACAGCAGCCUCAACAUGUCCCAAGACCUAAUGAAUUAAUUGUAGGCUUGAACUAACCCAGUGUGGGGGGGGGGGAGCGAGACCUUCUGUACUAGGUUGAUAUCUGUCACUUUUAAUUCCUAAGGAAACUGAGGACACACACGUCAUCAUUCUAGUCAUCCCGAGCUGGCAUCGAGCUCUUCUCUCAUCUCCACGCUCCAUGCUUUCAGUUCAAGACAAGCGGUCAAUCCCCCAGAGACAAGUGGGUUUUUAGUUCAAAACAGAAACACAUUCACUUAAAAGGCAAUAAUUAGCUAAUAGGGAGAUCAGAAAGUAUGUAUUAUUAUGGGUGGUUUCAUUCUGACUCUGACAUGGUCCGCAGGGCUGGGUCUAAUAAUAUAACGUCUAACAACACUC